GCUGGGCCGGGAGGAUGCGCGAGUACACGGAGAAGAAGGAAACAUGUGGGACCAUCUGCCUCAAGUACCUGCUCUUCAUCUUCAACUUCUUUUUCUGGCUGGCUGGUGGGGCCGUGAUGGCAGUGGGCACCUGGACCCUGGCUGAGAAGAGUGACUACAUCAGCCUGCUCUCCUCCAGCACGUACUCGGCCAGCGCCUACAUCCUGGUGGUGGCCGGGGUGGUUGUCAUGGUCACUGGCAUCCUUGGCUGCUGUGCCACCUUCAAAGAGCGCCGCAACCUGCUGAGAGUGUACUUCAUAUUGUUGCUGUGCAUCUUUCUGCUGGAGAUCAUUGCUGGAAUCCUGGCCUAUAUCUACUACCAGCAGCUGAGCAUGGAGCUGAAGCAGAACCUGAAGAACACCAUGACCCAGAAGUACAGGCAGGCGGGACAGGAGAGCGUCACCAGCGCCGUGGACAAGCUGCAGCAGGAGUUCAAGUGCUGUGGGAGCAACAACUACACAGACUGGGCCGACAGCCUGUGGAUCAGGUCUCCAGAGGCUGGGACAAGGAAGGUCCCAGACAGCUGCUGUAAGACAAUAACUGACCUGUGUGGCCGAAGAGACCAUCCUUCCAACAUCUACAAGGAGAGCGGCUGCAUUACCAAGCUGGAAAACUUCAUUCAAGAGCACCUGAAAAUCAUCGGGGCGGUGGGGAUCAGCAUUGCUUGUGUGCAGAUCUUUGGGAUGAUUUUCACCUGCUGCCUGUACCGGAGUUUAAAGGCAGAGCCCUACUAG